AUCAAAGCUUUGUGUUGAACAUCCCUAAGGGAUCAUCUUUACACGCCCCCCUCAUCUCUUUUGUCAACCAUAUACUCGUCAAACAAUAUAUCCACCAUGCCAAGCUCUUCUCAAAACAUGUUUCAAGGGGAAUUAGCUGCUGCCCAAGAGACACUAAAGAAGGAAGUUGAGCUUGUGAUGAAACAAAUCAAGGAGCUCACUAAUUCAGUGGAGAUUCCCACGUUUGAGGGAAGAAACGACCUGGAGAAGUUCUCAAAGUGGCUAGCAAAAGUUGAAGACGUCUUUACACUCAAAGACGUGCCCGAAGACAAGAAGGUCAAGCUAAAGCUAGUUGUGGCAAAGUUUCAAACACAUGCCUCUACUUGGUGGGCUAGCGUUGCUUCAAAACGAAAGCUCCAAGGAAAAGCGAAGCCCACUUCCCCAAAGAAUGUUUGGGACAAAUAUGAUGACGAGGACUAUGAUCCCAUUUGGGAUGAAGAACGUGUCAAAGAGGAUGAAGAAAUGUUUGAGGACGCAGAGGAUAACCCGUUUUGGGUUACACAGAUAAAAGAAGAAGAGCAAGAUGAAAAGACCCAUGAGGAAGUCAUCACUCCUGACGCGGAAACAUCCGCUGGAGACCCAUCUUCAUUAACG